ACUGCGACACCCCUCCGGGCAGCGUUGGUAUCGCCCGGGUUUGCCAGCAAUAGACGCACAUGUCCGCCGUGUUGUGCUGAGAGUUGCGCCGGUGUUAAUUACUGGAUCCGUGAGCGCUUCCACGCCGCUGAUUGCUGCUAACGGAGCGCGGCUGGACCGAGAUAAACCUCGCAGUGAUCCAGAAACUCCCUAAAAAAGAAAAGAGGAAUUUCCGGAGGAAACAGUCGCUCCGAGGAGGCUGACACGCGUCCCAGCGUGACUGCAGGCUGCUGCUGCGGGACUCCACCGGACCGAAGGCUUUGAGGCGGGCGGUGCGUCACCAUGAAGGCGUGUAAGAACUGCGGCAGCUCGGAGAUCGACGUCGACCAUGCCCGUGGCGAUGCGGUCUGCAUGAGCUGCGGCUCGGUGCUGGAGGACAACAUCAUCGUGUCUGAGGUGGAGUUCGUGGAGACAGGAGGAGGAGGCUCGCUGGCUGUCGGACAGUUCGUCUCUUCGGAAGGUGGCGCCAAACUUCCAUCUUUUGGAGAUUCUCACUUGGCAGGAGUUGGGAAGGAGUCCAGAGCUCAGACGCUGCAGAAAGCUAAACAGCACAUCAACACUCUGGGUCAGCAGCUGCAGAUGAACAAACACUGUCUGGACACGGCCUUCAACUUCUACAAGAUGGCGCUGAUGAAACACCUGACCCGCGGCCGCCGGUCCGCCCACGUCAUCGCCGCCUGCAUCUACCUGGUGUGCCGCACCGAGGGAACGCCCCACAUGCUGCUGGACCUGAGUGACCUUCUGCAGGUGAACGUCUACGUCUUGGGAAAAACGUUCCUCGUGCUGGCCAGAGAACUUUGCAUCAACGCUCCGGCUAUAGACCCCUGCCUCUACAUUCCUCGCUUCGCCCAGCUGCUGGAGUUUGGCGAGAAGAACCACGAGGUGUCGAUGACGGCGUUGCGACUGGUGCAGAGGAUGAAGAGGGACUGGAUGCACACCGGACGGAGGCCGUCGGGACUCUGUGGAGCAGCUCUCCUUGUUGCCGCUCGUCUCCACGACUUCCGCCGCACCAUCAAGGAAGUCGUCAGCAUCGUGAAAGUUUGCGAAACGACGCUGAGAAAAAGGUUGGUCGAGUUCGAGGACACGCCCACCAGUCAGCUGACCAUCGAGGACUUCAUGAAGGUGGAUCUGGACCAGGAGUGCGACCCGCCUUGUUUUACCGCCGGACUGAAGAAGCUCAAAGCCCAACAGCUGGAGAUGGAGCUGAAGAAAAAGAUCGACGACGUCGCAGACGAAAUUCAAGAAUAUCAGGAUGAAAUCGACGCUGAGCUCGAGAGCAGCCGACCCAAACUGAGAGGCGUUUACGCCGCCUACACGAAGGAAGAUGUUGACGCGCUCUCCUCGCCGUCGUCUAAGCUGGCCGACGGCGACGACCCAGAGGAGGACGACGAACUCCAGGCCGUCGCCCAACACUUUGGCCGAGACCUGGAGGAGCUCACGCUGGAGGCUCUGAUCAAGCUGGAGCAGAAGAGACCGGAGGACCAGGACGAGGAGGAGGACGUCCCGCGGAGGAAGGGCCCGUCGCUGGAGUCCAUCCUGGGACCGAUGCCGACGUCGGCCACCCUCGGCCUCCCCGAGUCCUUCAACACCUGUGUGGCCAACGAGAAGAACUAUGGUGCUGCCGACAGCGGGGAGCUGGACCUGAGUGGGAUCGAUGACAGCGAGAUAGAGCUGUAUCUGCUGAAUGACAAAGAAGUCAAAAUCAAGACGGCGCUCUGGAUGGCAGAAAACUCCGACUACCUCAAAGAGCAGAAAGAGAAAGAGGCGAAGAUAGCGAAAGAGAAGGAGCUCGGCAUCUACAAAGAAAGGAAGAGAGGCCCCUCGAAGCGCCGCCCUCCGAUCCGGGCCAGCACCGCCGACGAGGCCAUCGAGAAGAUGCUGGAGCAGAAGAGGAUCUCCUCCAAGAUCAACUACGACGUCCUGAAGGACCUGAACGUCAAGCCCGGCUCCAGUCCGGCUCGCAAGACCGAGUCCCCGAAGAAGGAGCCGACCGCCGCCAAGCUGACCGGACGCAACCGGACGCCGGCCAGAGCGCCGCUGAGCCUCAGUACGCCGCUCAGCUCGCUGGGAAAAAGGCUGCAGCCGUUCAUCACCGGACAGCCCAACAAGAAGCUGGCGCUGGAGCAGGUCUCCAACCCCCUGCCGGUGGCGGUCGGAGCCCCCGGCGGCGGCGGCGGUGGCGGAUCGGUGGUGGUGGAGAGCGGA